AGUGUCGAUUCUUUGGUGCUCGGCUUUCCUUAUGGUCCAGUUCUCACAUCCAUACAUGUGAGAAGGAAUAGGUGCUCAAGAAAGGAGGAAACAAGAUGUCAAGGAGGGACAAGUCCAUAAAGUGGAAGGAGAUAAAGCUAGGUGAUGUCCGGGAAGAUUGUUUACUCCAUAGUAAAUGAGGAACUCCUCCUUUACUCCUCAGCUAAUGAGGAACUGGGGGAGAGACUUGUGUGCUAAGGAUAAAUUGCUCAUUGUAACGACUCUGGAUGUGCCUACCCACCAGACACCCAAUCUUGUAAGACCAUCAUUAAAGCUUUGCUUCCCACUCACCUUCUGUAUCCAAGUCCAUUCUUUGAGUUUGGGCUGGUGAGUGUGUUUCUCACACUGGGGAGGGGAAGAAUCACUCAUCAAUGCAGAUGUAAAUGAAAAUUCACAAGCCACCAUUCAAAGAUCUAAUUUUUUUUUCUCCUGCCAUUCUGAAUCUAGAAUGGAAGGAAUUCUGUAAAACUGCACCACAGGUGGCAGUCCAGAACUGACUUUGUUAAGAAAUCUCACCCUUUUCGGGCUUCUGCCAGUUUUCCCACGAUCUCAUCAGCAGGCUCUCAAGCAAGUGGGGUGUCCCAGCAGGUCUCAUCCUGGCCACUAGAAACGUGGGGAACCACUGAGUGAAACCUCCUGCCCUGUCCUGGUAUCACAGCGACCACCUGCAUGAGUUAGCUUAAAUAGGAAAUCCAGGUAAGGAAUGCAGAACAAGCUACCAACAACCAGAAAUAUUUGAGAAAGGUCAAAAGGUAAAAGGAGUCCCCAGUCCAUAUGUCCUACCAACCUCCCAGAAUCCUUCUGGCUGGAAUCCAUCUUGGCUGAAUGAUGCUAGUGCCACCAGGAAGGAUCUUGAGUCAGAGGUGUUAGUCAGAGACAAGCCAGGAACUAACCCUAUCACCACAAAACCUGAGACUGUAAGCCCUGUGGCAAAGCACUCCUGGGUCCCCUUAUCCUGCAUCUCUCUGCCCAAAUGCCCCUUCCCAAUAAAGUCUCUUGCUUUGUCAGCAUGUGUGUCUCCUUAGACAAUUAAUUUCUAAGUGUUAGACAAGAGUCCACUCUUGGGCCUUAGCAGGAGUAUGCUUCCAACAACAAAAUUGUAGGGGAGAAAAAAUAAUUUUCCCUCUACUCUUAAAGUGCUUGGCUGAGACCCCUUUUUCUCUAGAGCACCUCAUAAAUGGAUAAACUUAUCUAGGUUAAAAGUUUUCCACGGUGGCCACUGCAGUACAAGAUUAUCUUGCUAAGUUUAGCCUACUUGCUCACCCUUAAAACAAAAUUUUAUUCACCUGAGGCCUCAAACAGGACUAGCCCAGUUUCAGUCCAACCCGACCCUGGACCCAGGGCAACUCCAGCCGGUUUCUGAAUGCAGUCUGGAAAAAGAAAUGCUCAAAUAAGGUCUGAUGGUUCAUAAUGCAAAAGCUGCAGAGCUGGGAGGGGGGAAGGGCCAACCCACGCCUCCAGAGGCGAUGAGAAAGCAGUGCCCACUGGGCUUACUGGGUGUCUAUCUUGAGCUCCUUGGGGUCUCCUUCCUUCGCUCCCUCCUCUGACACCAGAAUUAUUUGAACAAAAAUGGGUUCAUACUGGGCAGUAACAAACUAGAUGUUGGGAGUGCUCCACUGAUGAGAGCUCAGGGAGAGGUUUUUACAGAGAGAAGGCAGAAGCAAAGUAAGGAAGUUAUUGAUAGGCCAUAGCUUAAUUCCUGGCAGAUUGUGACUGGUCAUCUUUAGGUUUCUAUUUUGUAGCCCUGUUUCAAUUUCUGGUUUGUUUUCAUAGGCUGGCUUGGCAUUAGAACCACCUCAGUGUAGUGGCCUCCUAGUUUAAUUUAACAAUAGUUACCCAAAGGAUUUUCUACUUGAUUUACUCUGAUGCUUGCUUUCCAGAUCAGGUGAACAAGUCUAUUUUCUAUGUCAGGGUGGGUGGAGGGGAGGGCCUAGUAUGAUGUUAAAUCCCAGUCUCCCCUCCUCCGCUCAGGGAGUAAAGUCCAUCAGCAGGAGUGCUUAAGUUGGCUCUAGCCCUGAGCUCUUACAAUGCUUGCUUGUUUUCACAGGGCAGCAGAAUGAAAUGCUUUAGAAAAAGAGCAACAUUCUGGAAAACCGUAUAACUUUUCUUCCCAGAUUGCUUCAAGUCUGUGGAGGAUUCCCUCACUGAACGCCACAUCAAAGGAGUCUUCUGCAUUUAAAACAAACAAAGCAUCAUGCUGAAGAGGAAGGUUCAACCUUACAAGAAAACCCUGGAUGGAGGUUGGGGAUGGAUGGUCAUAUUUCAUUUCUUCCUGGUAAAUGUAUUUGUGAUGGGGAUGACCAAGACUUUUGCAAUUUUCUUUGUGGUUUUUCAAGAAGAGUUUGAAGGCACCUCAGAGCAAACUGGUUGGAUUGGAUCCAUCAUGUCAUCACUUCGUUUUUUUACAGGUCCCCUAGUUGCUGUUAUUUGUGACUUAACUGGAGAGAAAACUGCCUCCAGUCUUGGGGCUUUCCUUGUUGCUGGUGGAUAUCUAAUUAGCAGCUGGGCUACAAGCAUUCCCUUUCUUUGUGUGACUAUGGGAUUUUUACCUGGUUUGGGCUCUGCUUUCUUGUACCAAGUCGCUGCUGUGGUCACUACCAAGUACUUCAAAAAACGAUUAGCUCUUUCUACAGCUAUUGCCCGUUCAGGGAUGGGACUGACAUUUCUGUUAGCACCCUUUAUAAAUGUCCUGAUAGAUCUGUAUGACUGGACAGGUGCCCUUAUAUUACUUGGAGCUAUCACAUUGCAUCUGGUUCCUUCUAGUAUGCUCUUGCGACCCAUUCAUAUCAAAAGCAAGAGCAGUUCUGAUAUUAAAGAUGAAAGUAGUUUGUCUCCAAGUGGUCCAGAGGCAGCAUGUAGAACAGAAACAUCAUGCUGCAAUGAGAUACAAGAGUUGGCCAUCAGGGACAGUAUUACACAGAAGGAAGGACAACCAAGUAUAAGUUUAACUGCCUCACAAAAUCAAAGCAAAGAGUUCAACAAUGAACGUAACAGAAAUGGACUCAUCCGAAAAUCUAAUGAAGAAACUUAUCGGAAAAAGACUACUUCGCGGAGCUGUAAACAAAAACUCUUUGACUUUUCUCUCUUUAAGAAUCCUUUUUUCUACAUAUUUACGUGGUCUUUUCUUCUCAGUCAGCUGGCAUAUUUCAUCCCUACCUUUCACCUGGUAGCCAGAGCCAAAACACUGGGGAUAAACAUCAUGGAUGCCUCCUAUCUUGUCUCUGUAGCUGGUAUCAUUGAGACAGUCAGUCAGAUUAUCUCCGGAUGGGUUGCUGACCAAAACUGGAUCAAGAAGUAUCACUACCACAAGUCUUACCUCAUCCUCUGUGGCAUCACUAACCUGCUUGCUCCUUUAGCCACCACAUUUCCACUACUCAUGACCUAUGCCAUCUCCUUUGCUGUCUUCUCCGGCGGCUACCUGGCACUGAUACUUCCUGUGCUGGUUGAUCUGUCUGGGAAUUCUACAGUACACAGCUUUUUGGGACUUGCAAGUUUCUUUGCUGGGAUGGCUGUCCUUUCUGGACCACCUUUAGCAGGCUGGUUAUACGAUUAUACCCAGACAUACACUGGCUCCUUCUACUUCUCGGGCGCAUGCUAUCUCCUCUCUUCAGUUUCCCUUUUCUUCGUACCAUUGGCUGAAAGACAGAAAAACAGUCUGACGACAAAAAGAGAAGACUGCAGUCAAGUGAGAGCUUAAAAGAAAAUCUAAACUAAAAGUCACGGGAAGAAAAAGCAUGGAGGAGAAGUACCCUCAUUUAUAAAGUGAGAAGGUGAAUCACAGUUUUUUAAGGUUUCUUUUUGCUUUAGCAUUCUGAAGAACGUCUAACUGGUGGUAAGAAAAGAGUAAUACCAACUUAACAGUCUGCUUCUUAACUAGAGAUAAUCUUUGUUUUCUUUUCAUUAUUUUGUUUCUUAAAUUUUCUAUAAUAAACAUGUUUUGCUGUGCAAUAAAACAUAAAUAAGAACUGCUAAAAACCCAAA